AUGGACCAGGAAGUAUCGUCAUCCCAGCUCCGAAACGCAUUGCACGAGGUAAUACAGCUACGUCAAGCAGAGAUAGAUGAAAUGAUACCUAAACAUGCCGAUUCGCUGAAAGAGCUUUACUUGAUGCUCGAACCUAGGCGGAAAAGGUCAGAAGACUUCCCACCAAUAGGAGAAGAAGAUGCUUUAGAUGAGAACACAGUGGAAGAGGGGUUUCAGCAAUGGAAAGAGCGUUACAAACUCGGAGGAGGAUCAAGUAUAUCGAGCUUGCAAUUACCCUCAUUACCACCUAUAUCUCCCCCUGCAACCUCAUCUGUAUUUCCUGAUGAAGCUCCUACAACGCACCCUGCAGAAACUUCAAAUCUUCCUAAAUCGCCCAUCUCUCCUUCGGGUGUAUCACAAGACCGUCCUAUCGCUCCCAUCAAAUCUCCUAAAGCUCAAAAACCAUUCGUACCGUUACUGCUAUCUCCUUCACCUCCUCCAGACGGCUCUGGACCUUCGAUGGGCAUUUCAAUGGAUCAAAUCCAACCUCGACCUCGGUUAAUACCCAGUACAUCCUUUGCUCCUCCAGCAAAAUUGGAAGCACCAGAAUGGAUUCCAGUGGACAACUAUCAUCCUGCCGAAUUACCAGGUACAUCACCCAAGCUUUUGAUGCCAUUAGAGACGGAUUAUACCUCUCAAUUACCCAGAUUGCCUCCUUUACCUCCUCAAAUACGUCAGGGUCAGGGCCAAGGCCCAGCGAAGAAGCGAAUCAAGUUGAACGAUUCGGUCGACUUGUAUAAACUUCAAGUAUCCUAUACGCUCAACCCACUCAGUGGGUCAUUAUCGAAAUCUAGUAAAUGCGUUUUAACGAAUGAUUGGAAGAUUGCUCUAAAUGAGAUGAGACACGUUCGAGCGAUGGAGAGGAUAGAGACCAAGAAGAAUGAGAAUAGAUGGAGUUUAAGACAACCUAAGAAACUCAGAACGUUGGCUGUACCUAAAUCUCAUUGGGAUUUCUUGUUGGAAGAGAUGGAAUGGAUGAGGGUCGAUUUUAACGAAGAGAGAAAAUGGAAAUUGAUACAAGCGAGAGAGUUCGCCUACCAAGUUGUUGAAUGGCAUUUGUCAAGUGACGGAGAAAAGGCAAAAUUGAUGGUUGGCAAUAGAGGUUGGGGUAAAUCAAAUGAUCAACCUAUACCUGGACAUUCGGGAAAUAGAGAAACGAACACACAGAUUGAUGGAGAACAGGGACAGGGACAGUUGGAAGUGCCGAAUACCUCAGCUGAAGAUGAUGAUGUUGAGAUGUUGAUUGGUCGAGAAGAAGACUCGCCUGCGGAAGAAGGUGUCGCAGGAGCUGAAGUACUGGAAAGUAUAGAUGAGAUGAAAGAAGUCCAAGAUGAAGUAGUGAAGAAGGAGAACGAAGAUGUGGACAUGGGUGAAGAUGUUGAUGCGGAUGGGGAAGAGGAUGCUGAUGGAGAGCCGGAUGAUGGUGGGACUGCUGAUGCGGAUGGAGAAGAGGAAGAUGCAGAGGGUGAGGAAGACGCGGAAGGUGAAGCUGAGGAUGUGGGGGAAGAUGUGGUUGGACUUGAUGACAUCGACAAUGCAGAUGAAAGUGAUCGGGAAGCCUCGGAAGUGCGGCGAGAUACUGUCUUGCCUAACGGACUGGUGAUAAAUAAACGAUUUGCAAACGUUGAAGAACUCGUUGCCGCUCGAAAACCCUUAUUGGACCUCUCCUUCGCCUCUACCACCGUUGACCUCGACUCGCUUCCUCAACUGACUGCUGCCUCGACCACCGAAGAUGGGGCUGAACCUCAGACACCCCCCUCACUCGUUGACCUAUUCCCGGACCUAGCCGUAUACCAAGGUCCUCAGCCACCUAGUGAAGACAAACCUACCCGCCGGCUGGAUGAAGGGCACACGAAUGGUCAUCGUAUCGCCCACACCUCACGUAUCAUGGACAUCCGACCGAUUCUCGUAUCCACUUUACAACCUGCGAAAAAUGCCCCUGACGGUGUAUGGGAUAUCCACGAGGGCCCUUACUUUGAAGAUCCUAAGGGUUCGACCGAUGUGAACCCGACAGUCGUAGCUGCUACAUCAAGUGUGUUCUAUGGUCGAGGUAUAAGACCUUUAGAUUCGAUGAGACCACCUGAACAACCUAAACCACCCGCUCAGCAUCUCCGUGCUCAACUAGUAUGGAGUCAAGAAGAUGACGAACAUCUCUUAAAGCUUGUCGGGACCUAUCCUUUCCAUUGGCAACUCAUCGCUGAUUCAUUCAAUACGGAAAAGGUUAAUAUACCUACCGAGAAACGAUCGGCGUAUGAAUGCUGGGAGAGAUGGUACUACACCUAUAGUGACGGCAAAGACAAGCUGAAAAAGGCUGAAGCUUUGGCCCAAGCAUCUGCCUCUGUUGCUCCCACACCUGGUGGAAAUCCAACCACAGCCGCUACUCCCACUGCUGCACCUCCAUCGGGCACGACCACCCCCGCUCCUGUUGCUCCCACUUCUGCUAUCCCACCUUCCACCGCUGCAUCAAGUCGUCCGGGAAAUCAAACUCCUCAAUCUGCUGGUCCUCCUCAACAGACUCCUGUCACCGGUAUCUCUGUGCCUUCUCUUCCUACACCCACCCCUGGACCCGCCGCUACUGCCUCGCAAGCGCCUGGUACUGCUGGUGCAGGAACACCGUUGCCCGAAGGAGCGCCUCCUCCUCCAGGUAUGUCGAAGAGGGAUAGACAAGCUGCCAAGCCUAGGUACGAAGGAACGAAGAGUUCAAUCAGGCAUCAAGCGAUUUACGAUGCGGCUAGGAAGCUGAACAGGCGGAGAGAGGCAAACAAGACCAAGACAGGUGUCAAAGACCAACCGAAGAAGAUCAUAAAUGUCCAUGAAUCGCACGCUAGCUAUCUCAUGUCAUCCAUCUCUACCCCUUGGGAAUUAGUGGAAACGAAGUAUCAACGAGAUGUCCAGGCUAUGCAACAACGACAACAACGAGCUAUGCAAGAGCAGCAGAGGCAGAUAGCCCUACGACAGCAAAUGAUGCAACAGCAACAACAAGCCGCACAGGCUGCCCAGCAAGCUCAACAGCAGCAAGCUGCUCAAGGUCAACAACAACCCCAACAGCAGACAGUCCCCCAAUCUGGUCCGCCGCAACCCCAAGGGCAAGGACAACCUAUCCAACCUACCCCUCAGCCGCAAAAUCAACAGCCUCAAAUGCGUCCUCCUCCCAAUGCACCUGUCCGAAUGGGACCUAAUGGACAACCUAUGCCAAACAUGGCUCCAAGUCAACAACAAUUGCUCAACGCUGUGGUAGCUGCGAAUGCAGUGAACAGACAGAAUGUCAAUGCUGUACCUGGACAGGGUAACGUUCGACCAAAUCCUCAACAACAGCAACAGCAGCAGCAGCAAGUGCAGCAGACCCCAACAAUCCAGGUUCAACAGCAGAUGCAACUUCUACAAGCUCAGCAGAUUGCAGCUACACAAGCGCAAAUACGUGCAGCUCAGCAAGCUCAACUCCAAGCCCAUGCCCAAGCCCAAGCGCAGGGUAGGAUGAGUCAAUCACCGUAUAACCAACAGGGUACACCAUUACCUAAUGGCGAUCCGUCCAUGGCGAACUCCUCGCCGGCGAUGACACAGGCUUCACCCCAACAACGUGUACCAUCUGGACAACCUGUUCCUCAACAUCUUCGAGUAGCCAGUGCAGGAAGUCAAGGUUCGCCUCAGAUGUCUAGUCCAAUACCUGUGCAACAGGGUAUACAGGCACCCCAAAUCAACAAUGCGGCGAUGCAGCAGAUCAUAGCUCAGCUCGCUGCUAAUGGACAACAGGCGAAUCCCGAACAGAUCAGAGCGCUGAUGAUGAGGAAUGCUCAGAUGCAAGCUGCCGCACAAGCUCAAGCUCAAGUUGCAGCUGCUCAACAGCAGGGUCAAGUCAAUCCAGGUACACCUCAGAUGGGUAUGCAGGGAGUUCAACAUUUCGCCAGAUCACCUAGUAUCCAGAAUAAUCAGAUCCAAGCUAGAAACAGUCCCAAACCGAAUCAACAGAAUCAGAAUCAAGGUUAG